AUGCAAAUGCAAGCCGCAAUCCCUUUAAAAUCCCAAAACAAUGGCGAAGAAGAAGCUCACGCGAUCGGCGAACGAGCCAAAGAAACUACCGGAUCAGCAGGAGGAGAACAGAGAUUCAGAGCAACACCCAAAUCUACCAUGGAUAAAUAUGUGGAGAAGUUUCAGUUGCCGACAUUGAAAUCGCUGAACGAGCGCCUUUUGAAGGAGAAACAUGAGAAGAGAAAGGAGUUUGGAGCUCUGGUUCAGGCUAAAGAGGGUUUGGAGCUCGACUUGAAGAAGAAUGCCGACCAGAAGAAACAGAGUCAAAUGGAUGAAAUGGGAGAUAGGAUUUGUAGGUUAGUUGGGAGUGAGAGAGUGAAGAAUGUGGAGAUUGUGAGAUUGAAAGAUGAGAAUAAUGGGCUUGUUUUGAAAGUUGAGGAAGAGAGGGAGAAAUGGAUGAAGGUUUGUUGUAAGAGGGAUGGAAUUAAGGCUGAUUUUGAUGGAUGGUUGGAGGAAUUAGGGGAUUUGAGAAGGAAAAUGGAUGAAAGGAGAAGAAUGAGAAAAGGGCUUUGGAAGAGAUGGAAGAUUUGGAGGGUUAUUGAAGAUUUGGAGAGAAGAGUCGAUUCGAAAACGAAAGAGAAAGUAGAGAUUGAAAAGGAAAAGAAAGUUUUGGAAAUGGAGAUUGAAAGAAAUAUUUUGAGUGAAGUGACUAGAAGUGAACUAAAGCCAGUAACUCUCUACGUCGACAACAAAUCUGCGAUUGCACUGAUAAAGAAUCUUGUAUUUCAGGGACGCAGCAAAGACAUUGACACUCUCUUCCACUUCAUCCACGAGUGUAUUGAGAAGAGACAAAUCGUUGUGGAGUUCGUAUGCACUAGGGAGCAAUGUGCAGAUAUUCUAACAAAGGCCCUAACAAGGGCUAAGUUUGCAGAGAUGCGAGAUGGUGGAACCAUAGUUUCAUCAACGUAG